AGUCGCUCCGAACCUUGCAGUUGAGACAAAUGGAGGUUGAAGUCUGCUAUUUUCUACCUGUGAUUUUAACUUAAUCAGCCAUCAUAGCUUGGCUCCCUUUUCAGUAUGGGUUGCACUUUAAGUGCAGAAGAACGAGCUGCCAUAGCAAGGAGCAAAGCCAUUGAGAAAAAUCUCAAACUCGAAGGUGCUCGGGCGGAAAGGGAUGUGAAACUGUUGUUACUUGGUGCAGGAGAGUCGGGGAAGAGUACAAUUGUCAAACAAAUGAGGAUCAUUCAUGAUCAUGGCUUUUCACCCGAAGAUUACAGACAGUACAAACCUCUGGUCUUCAGCAAUACUAUCUACUCUUUGUUAACAAUUAUUCGAGCCAUGGACAAGUUACGGAUUGAUUUUGAAAACGAUGAAAGAUUGAUGGAUGCCAAAAUGGUAUUUGAUGUAAUAGCUAGAGCAGACGAUACAGAACCUUUUACUCCCGAAUUAACAGAGUCAAUGGAAAGAUUAUGGAGAGAUGCUGGCGUACAAGAGUGUUUCAGUCGAUCGAGGGAAUAUCAACUUGGCGAUUCUGCUAAAUACUAUCUAGAUUCCUUGCAAAGAAUAGGAGCAAAAAAUUACGAAGCUACUGAGCAAGAUCUUCUUAGAACUAGAGUCAAAACAACAGGAAUUGUGGAAGUGCAGUUUGAUCACAAAAGACUUCAUUUCAAGCUUGUAGAUGUAGGAGGACAACGAUCAGAAAGAAAGAAGUGGAUCCACUGCUUUGAGGAUGUUACAGCUAUAAUCUAYUGUGUUGCCCUCAGUGCCUAUGACUUGACGCUGGAGGAAGAUGAAACAACAAAUCGGAUGGAAGAAAGUUUAAAGCUUUUCGAGUCCAUUAUAAACAAUAAAUGGUUUUUGGAAACAUCAGUUAUUUUAUUUCUUAACAAGAAAGAUCUGUUUGAAGAAAAGAUAUCGAAGUUCUCCCUAACAAUUUGCUUCCCUGACUAUCCAGGGCCCAACACGUUUGAUGAGGGUGCGAAAUUUAUAAGAAAACAAUUUGAAUCUAAGAACUUAAAUGACGAAAAAGAAAUAUACACUCACCUGACAUGUGCGACGGACACACAGAACAUCAAUUUUGUAUUUAAUGCGGUAACAGACACAAUAAUAGCUACCAAUUUAAAGGGAUGUGGAUUAUAUUAACCUUGGAGCGUGCAGUCCACCAUGUGUAUUGGCACACACAAGUCUACAGCAUGGAUGACAGUAAUGUGUGCUGCUGAUUCAUAUCGCCAGUGAAUGUUUAUUUUACAAUAAUACAUUGUGGAUAUAAAAUAUUGGAAGGACGUCUGCUUGAAGAGAUUCCAGUGGAUUUCCUGUCUUGCCUGGCAAUAGCCUCGUAUUUUGAACACCAACCAAGUUCAGUGCUGAUCAUCACGCAAAGAGUAUAAUUAAUAAUUUUAGCAAUUUUAAAACAAAUCUCACAUUAAUGAUACAGAAUUGUCCAUUUUGUUAUCAUCCUGUCCAUUUUGAUGUCAUUUUAACUGUACAUAUCGCUUGGUAUUCGGUGUUUUAAGGAAAAAAAACCCUGUCUGGAAUGAAUACGGCAGUAGUAGUUGAACAAAUCUGCUUCGGAAAUUUAUUUUUUACAGCUAACUCUAAAUUUGAAUCUCAAAAAUAAUUUAAUAUACGUGCAUUUUCACUUUUAUUCAAAAGCGUUUCAUCUUAGUACAUUGGUAUUUUACUUAUAACUACAACUGGCUGACUAAAUACGCAAUGCGGGAGUUCUAGAACGUCGUUUGUGCUUCRUAUUUUCUUUUAAAAUGUAUGGUUCAUCUGUUUGUAGACGYGAAAGAAAAAAUAUUAUUUUAACAAUCAGUGUAUAAAUUCCUCGAUUCUAUGUAUUUCUAAAGAUGGCAGGACUUCUAAUGCUAGACGCGUUCUAAACUCUCCCCGUUGCGUGUUAUAGUAAUAUUAGAAAAUAUUACGCUUCUUAAUUAAUGUUGUCUUCAUUUCCAUGCAAUAUUCACCCAUUUACCACUAAUAACACAUGAUCUUAGACAAAAAUUAAAUCAAAAAGAGAAGCGUUUGCUGUCUGUUCAACUUUAAGUAGARUUAUUUCUUCAAUUGAGCUCAAAAYGUCGAAASUUCCCGAUCUCACUCUAGAGAAAUUCACUUUGUCAAAAUAGUGGUCAAAAUCCCAAUAAACUGUGAACAUUGAUAAAA